AUGAGUGUUUAUACCUUCUUGACCGAUCAAAUAAAAACAUUGCUCACUGGAAAGGGUGAUUGGUCCGAAUCAUUGCUCAGUUUUCUUGCAACACUCAAAAAUCAUUGUGGAUCAAAGAUAUUUGGCCUUUUAGCUAGUGCAAAACACCUUCGUUCUGGUUAUGCUGGUAUCCCCAGUCCUUCAGAAUCAUCAAUUGCACGUUUCACUAGAGAACCUAAUUGUUUCUAUGAGAAUGAAAUCAUUUCUGGAAUACAUACUCUUAGAAAUGACAUUGAUUCAUCGAGUGCCGAAAAGAAUAAACCAUACUAUGUAUGUGUUGCAGUGGAAGAAAUUGAUAUUCUCAAAGGAUUGUACAGCGAUGUCCAGAGAUCAAGAUUAAUUGGGCUUUGUAAUGGAUAUGUCGAUGAUGAAAAAAUUAAAGAAGAAUGGUUUACCGUGCCCGAGUAUCCUAAUGCUGAAAAUAUUUUCGAUAGGUCUGAUGGAGUUGAAAAUAAUUUCGUAUACUAUUUCUAA